GCUGCGUGAAUGGAUUUAUUUAUUAAACAUCACCGAAUUAAACCCAAUUCAACGCGGGUUCUGGUAUGUAUUGCUUUGAAUGAUUAAAGAGAAAAACGUGCACGCGGCUAACCUAACAAAGCUAGUUGGUUAGCAUCGUGUUAUCCGUCAAAACUGCAUGGUCCAAGGUAUAUUUUUGUUUCUAGAAUUCAUUACUUUAUGCUGUAGAGUACAAUUUAACUUUACAGCAUUAAGAGUCAAAACAAGCGUAAAAAGUCAUGUAAUUUUGUAGCGUACCAGUGUCUCUCGUGUGCUGUUAUAUAGUUGAAGACAUGGACUAAGGACACUUUACAAAGUGUAGUGGCCCGGAUUUUCCACUCUUCAUCCUACAAACGAGUAACACUUAAGGUAGUGUGCGUUGUAAGGAAUUAUUAAUUCAAAAAGUCGCCUUGUUCUCAUUUCCAGCUGCUACAUUAAUUCAAACUACUUUUCUUGUCGUCCGAACACCGAGUUAAACAAAUAGAGUAGUUGUUCCAGGUAUAAAGAAAGUGAUGUUGAUGUGCUCACACUAAAUGAUUCUGAAAAUGGAAGCUGCUUAGUUUUUGUCGUAUUCUAUAGUUUAUAACUUGACGAUAUUGCCUUUCCAGUAGAGUCAUGGCAUAGGCCGCUUAUAGAUGCUGUGUCUGAAUUCAGAACAGUCUUAUGGUCGCAGAAGGUCCUCCAUGGUACACUCAGGUACACUUUGUACACGAUGUGUUUUAAAAUAACCAACACAUUUACGUCGGUGUGCAUGCGAUGUUAUUUAACACUUUAAAAGUAAUAUUCAGUACCUUGACAAGUUUAACGUUAUUUGACUGUUUGAUGUGAUUUUAAUUGAUAAAAGCAGAAUUUUCUAAAACGUUCCUAAGUAAUGGUGAUGCCUUUAUAUUUUAAUUGACAUUUUAUACUACUGUGGUCAGCAGGAAACUGGAUUUGUAGUGUUUUUGAUGAACCACCAGUGGACACAAAUUGUAUGUGUGCUCAUUUACUCAGAUUUUUUUUAUGUUUUUACCUUUUUACAAACUUUGGACUCAAUAUUAUGGCAGAACUCGAUUAGAAUAAAAUCAGCAGAUCAGGUAACAUUUUCUGUGUAGACUGUGGAGCCUGGUGAGUUACAAUUAAGAAGAUGCAAAGGUACAAAAAACAACAACAAGACAGGCUUCCCUAAAAAUGGAGGAAAAAUUAGUAAAAAUGUUAUUCAAUGCAAGAAAGUUGACGUUAAGCCAGCAUGAGCAUUCUGGUCAGAAUUAGCCUUUUAAUAAAACCAAUAUAAAACAAAUUAUUAAAACAACAUGGACAUUGUCAUGUAUGUUAUUUAUAAAGUGUUAAAUAACCUGUAUCCUGCGUCUCAAGCACUAAGGACUGGAAAAAGAAACCACCACCCUCCUGCAACUCUGCAAGUCUAGAAAAUGGAAUGAUGGAUGAAUAAAUAAUACCUGUUAUUUGAUUACACUUUAUUGUCAUUGUACUAAACAAAACUAUUAGUGCCACUGUAUGUAAGGUGUGUAACAAACACAUUAUACGUCCUAAACAAUGCACACACUCAAUAAGAAAUGAUGGAUAACUUGCAGCACAACCUCUCUAAAAUAUUUGUAGAAAAGCCAUCUACAAAUAAUGGCACAAAUAUUUGAGAAUGGAUAGAACAUUUAAGAACCAAGGUUACAGUUAAUUAUAGAAAAAUAGUCUUACCAUUUUGGAGUUUUUCAAUGGAGAUACUAAUGUACUUGUUAAUUUGAUUGCAUCAUGCAGAUAAAUGUGUAGAGGUUCAUAAUUUGUUAAACAUGUCUCGGCACAAAACAUCGGCCCAACACCAGUAUGAAGGUAUAUCGAGAUUUUUAUAAAACAUGUUUGUGUUUUUUGCUCAUACUGUUGCUGAGGUUUAAAACUGUUUCAAUCAGAUGCCAUAGUGAUCCGAGUUUUUACUGUGUAGCUAGAGAUUAAAGUAAUACAUCGGUGCUUCUUUCUUAUCUUUAGGUGCAUAUUCCUUAUCUGCUUCGGGUUGGUUACUUUAAAGCAUCGAUUCACAACAAAUGUCAUCUCUAGUUUUGUUUUACAGAAACGGUCACAUUCAUUCAUUUUAUUCAAGGAAAGCCAGCCAUCUGCAUUAAGUAACAGAUUUUGCAGUGAUCAUGUUUCCUGAACAAACGUGGUGAUAGUGGCUAGUUGACAGCAUUGUGUUGUUAACUUUGCAGCAAUCCCUUUUGCUAAACAAGCAGCUAUUGCCCAGACUCAGGCGUUUGGAGGAGACAGAUUAGAUGCACACACACAAAAUGUAGAGGCACCGACUCUGGAGUACUAAAUGAAAAAGUUAAUACCAAGUGUAGCUUCUUCAGUGGCUUCAUGUAGGAGAGAAAUACAGCUAAACACAGACACUAUGAUGCAGCUGCAAAAAGAUUAUGUGCAAUAAUGAAAAACGGACCCAGACUCAGCAAUAGCUGCUUCAGUUCCUUUAUGUACGAGAUGAGGUCAAAAAGACAGGACCAACUAUUCAAAUAAUAGAAAAAGCAUCUUUUACAUUUCAUCUUUCUAACCUAACCUUCUUUCCCAUGCAUUUUUCUAAGUUUUUAACCUGUGCUUUGUGCUCAUUUGUAUCCUCCCCCUCAGCUCCUCUGACCAUGAGCCGGGCCGCGGUGUUCUGAGCGGCAACGGGCAGCCGUGGAACCAAGGACCGACAGCUGUUUGCCGAUGUCUGGUGAAAGCAUUGGUUUGGAGGCUUUGGCCUCACCGCAGGCGGGGUAUUUGGGAAAAAUUCAGGAAAGAGCUGCUUCACUGGGGGACUGUCCUUGGUGUAACACCAAAGGGUUGACCUUUGCCCUACGCUCCUAUCGGAUCAAUCUCCAGGAAUCCAUAACCCUCUGCACAAACCCACAGUGUCUUUUUCCGCUGGUUACUCAGCCCCUGGAAGAUGUUGUGGCUAGCCUGGAUCCUGUGGACCCUACGGUUGGGAACAAAAGGAAAAACGCCUUGGCUGUGGAAGAUGUGAUUGAAUCUCCGCUCAAACGGCAGCGACUAAGCGAACAUGGCGAUCUCCGACCACAGAGUGUUUCUUACGUGGCUGUCAGUUCUCUAGAGAAUUGCUCUUUAAACUCUGUGACAAAUGGGCACAGCAGAAACCCAAACACUGGAAGUGAAAUGGGGAAUGGAUACCACAAAGAAAGUCCAGAUGUCAAGACAGCGGACUGGGACAAUGGAGACGUUCAGGACGGGGAUGAUCCUGCUCCCUCUGCAUGCUCCAGUUCUGUUGAAUCGUCUUCAGACGUUUUGUUGGCUGAUAAUGGAGCCGGGCCCCCUUCUCUCUCUCCUCACCUUGUCUACCCAGAUGCAGCAAAGCAGAGCAAUGUUCCAGCAUUGAACACAUGCAGCAGAUCCACUACCAGUCAGGCCAUUUAUCCAGAUAAUAUCAAAACCUCAUCGCCUCUAUGCAAUGUGCCGAUGGAAUCGAAGGAAUCCCUCGAGGCGGACGUCUCCCCGUGUCGAGACCGUAACGGUUUUCGUUCAGAGAGUCGGGAUUCGUUGGACAAAUUUGUCUCUGUUCCAAAACAGCUUCUGUGGAGAAACAGCAACAACCUGUGCUGGCUGGACUCUCUGCUGGCUGUGUUGGUGAACUGUAAGAGCUUGAGAAAACUUCGACCUGAACAUCAGCCUCAGCGCUCGUCUGUGUGGCAACUGCUGAGAAAACAUGAAGACAUCUGUGCUGCAGUCCAGGAAUAUCAGCAAACUGACAAAGAUGGUGUUCCCCGGGUGCCGAGUCAUGUGCUGCAAAACGCCCAUGUUGACUUGCAGAGUCUCAGAAUGUCUGUUUUCAAGCUACUGCAACCCAAACUGCAAUGCAAACUGGGUCAGAGGGAAACUCCUGUUUUUGCCAUGCCUCUUCUGCUCAAGUUGGACUCCUGGGUGGAGCGUCUCUUCCAAGCAACUUUUUUCUGGGAGUUUAAGUGCAGCGCAUGCAAAGUUGUCACAAAAGAAAGGGUUGAAAAAACUCUCCCAACUUUCACAAAUAUUGUGCCUGAUUGGACUCCUCUCAAUGCAGCUCAUUUAGCUCCUUGUAAUGCAUGCAGCAAGAAGAACGAGAGGAGGACGAUGUUACUGGAGAGUGUACCUCCGGUGUUUGCACUGCACUUUGUAGAGGGGCUUCCUCACAACAACGUUAGGAACUACGCCUUCAGCUUCCAGAGGAAACGCCACUCGGUGACCGCCGUCAUCCAGUACAGCCAACAACGCAACCACUUCAUCACCUGGAUUUACAAUGAGGAUGGAUCAUGGCUGGAGUAUGAUGACUUAAAAAAUGCUUGUGAGACCCACCAGCACUUGCAGAUCCCCACUCAGGAAAUUCAUGUUGUCUUUUGGGAGGAGGAAGAGGAGACGCAGCCGUCCUUCUGCUCUCUGUCCAGCGUGUUGCUAGAACCAGCUGAGAUUGAAGCGGUUCCCAGUUUGAAAGACUUGAGCACAGAAGAACUAUCAACCCAACAAGCAGACGACCCGAGUAGUCCUGUGAGGACUGAAAACGUGGUUUCUUCUUUACCGGACAGCUCCGUCCCUGCAGCAGGGGGCAACUUGUGUCACAACACCAAUGCUCAGUCUGCUCUCAGCAGCAGCUCAUGUGAGUCAGAGUCGUCGAACAACUUGGUGAGUGAUCCCACGUUUGUGCCCAAUGCAAAAAAACGACGAAGCAGACCACCUAACCUUAGGAAAACCGUCGGCAGGCGGAAAGGUAAAACAGCAGCUUCCUCCAAAGAUCCUCCGCCUGAACCCUCAGAGCUACCCGAACCCUCUGAGGCGCCUGAAUCCGUUUGCUCUGCUCAAAGUAACAUAGCUGCUGUUACAGAGCAGCCAUCGACGGUGUCUUCUAUUAACAUCUCCCCUCCGCUCUUGACUCAGAAGGAUCGCUGGUCUUACAUACUAAGCAGACACCCUGUCAAUCAAGCUUAUAAAAACAUUUCACAUCCUCCUCCCACACAAAAUGCCAUAACAUCUGAAGUGAAGCCGUCUCAUCCCGACCCGGUUAAAAAUGGCGUAAUAUCUGAAGGGAAGCCAUCUCAUCCCGACCCGGUGAAGAAGCCCCCGAUUCCUGCCAGAGUCCCCAGACCUCCGCUAAGUUCAGACGAACGUACGGGUCUCCCACCAAAAGCUGCAGAGAUGUAUGGUGGCUUUGGUGCAAAGAGCCCCAGCCCCGUCAUUCCUCCUCCAUCAUCUCCAGCUGUCCCGUCCGACCACCCGGCCCCUGCCACAUGGACGUCUAGUACGUCUCCUCUGCUCACUGAAAUAUCUUCAUUUAAAAAACCAGGAAGCUCAAAGAUUUCUUCAGGUCUGAGUGACACUGAAACCCUCAGAUACAAACUCUUGAAGAAGCUUAAAGCUAAGAAAAAGAAGCUGGCCAAGCUGAACCAGCUGCUGGGAUCCGGAGGAGGGGCCCACCUCAGACCGGACAGCACCGACCUCAACUCUCCAAGCACCGUGAGCUCCAGCACCUACGACGGCUACGCCUCCUCUGACCUGUUGUCCCCGGCAAUGACGGCCAGCAGCCUUUCCCCGGACAGCACUGGCUUCCUGGAGAUGUUGGUUAGCGGGCAGGACGGGGCGAACCAGCUGGACUGUGUGGUUAGCGGCGCCGGAGCUCUGACUCCAACCAACUGUCAAACAACUCAGCAUGAAGGUCACAACUUCCUGGAGGAGUUUGAUUUUUUCUCGCAUUUCUUAACCUGAAGACAGAGAUUGAGGACGCUGGUGCACUUUAGCUUUUUACUUUUCAUUAACACUGAAGGCUGCAAGCACAGUUGACAAUAAAAACAUGAUGUGAGAUGGUUUUGUAAGCUGCCUCGCCUGUUUCUUCAUUUACAGAGGAGUCCUUCAGUUUGUGUUCGACUACAAUUUUACAGCAAAUGCACUCGAUCAUAAAUUUUUUUCUGUAAAUGUUUUUUUUUUUUUUUAACCUUUUUCAAACAUUGCACUUUGUUUUUCUUGAGUACUGUAUGCAAAAAGAUCAUGCAGAAGCCUGGUUAAAGGCAGAAACCUUUUUUUUUUUUUUUUACAAGUUACUUGAAGCUGAGGUUUUUAAUGUCAUUAAAGUAAUUUGAAUUAAUUGUAAUUUGAAGGUUUUAUUCAUUUGUAAAUUAUCAACCUUUGGCCAGCUGUUAAUGUAAUAAAAUAUUUCUACUGCUUUUGA